GAAUCAAGAAUUUCAAUUUGCAAACCACCCCGUCACCCUACUCCUCACUCUUCCUUGAAAACUUUCUGAAUUUGACUCCUCUCUUCGUCUUCCGGUAUUUGGGCAUUGUUAUUGUCAUUUCUUGUUGGUUUUGCAUUACAGUCGCCUUUUCAGUAUUUUCGCAUCUGCAGAAAGAGUCUUGACCCCCAAAUCCCCAUAGGUGGAAACCCUAAUUACAAACAAUGGCUGCGGCAGCGACCAUGGUCAGCUCUGCUGGGGGGCUACUGGCGAUGCUGAACGAGAGCCACCCGGCCCUUAAGCUACACGCGCUCUCCAAUCUCAAUGCAUUUGUUGACUACUUCUGGCCGGAGAUCUCCACCUCGGUUCCCAUCAUAGAAAGUCUGUAUGAAGAUGAAGAGUUUGACCAGAGGCAACUUGCUGCCUUGCUUGUCUCCAAGGUUUUCUAUUAUCUGGGUGAACUUAAUGACUCAUUAUCAUACGCCCUGGGAGCUGGUCCUCAAUUUGAUGUGUCAGAGGAUUCAGACUAUGUGCAUACACUUCUUGCCAAAGCAAUUGAUGAAUAUGCCAGUCUGAAGGCUAAAGCAGCUGAGGCAAAUGAUGAAUCAGCAGUGAUUGACCCUAGGUUGGAGGCAAUUGUCGAGAGAAUGCUUGAUAAAUGUAUAGCAGAUGGAAAAUAUCAACAAGCUAUAGGAAUGGCCAUUGAGUGCAGACGGUUGGAUAAGCUUGAGGAAGCAGUUAUAAGGAGUGAUAAUGUUCAUGCUACUAUUAAUUAUUGCAUUGAUGUCUCCCAUUCCUUUGUCAACCGAAGAGAGUAUCGUCUUGAGGUGCUCCGUCUUCUUGUCAAAGUAUAUCAGCAAUUGCCAUCACCUGAUUUUUUGAGCAUUUGCCAGCGCCUAAUGUUUUUGGAUGAGCCUGAGGGUGUUGCAAGCAUAUUGGAGAAACUGUUACGAUCAGAGAAUGUGGAUGAUGCGCUGUUGGCAUUUCAAAUAGCAUUUGAUCUGGUGGAGAAUGAACACCAAGCUUUCCUUUUGAAGGUGAGAGAUCGGCUUCCCAGUGCUAAGUCACAGCCUUUAGAGCCUGUGCAUUCAGGGUCCCCUCAGCCGGAUUCUGUGCAAAGUGGAAAUGUUGUCAUAUCAGAAGAUGUUCAGAUGACCGAUGGAACUCAAGCAGAUGGUAAUGCAACAAUUCCUGAUCCAAGUGAAGCAAUUUAUGCUGAGAGGUUGACAAAAAUAAGAGGGAUUUUGUCUGGCGAGACUUCUAUACAGUUGACUCUGCAAUUCUUAUACAGUCAUAACAGAUCAGAUCUUCUCAUUCUUAAGACAAUAAAGCAGUCUGUUGAGAUGAGAAAUAGUGUCUGCCACAGCGCAACUAUAUAUGCCAAUGCUAUUAUGCACGCAGGAACAACUGUGGACACAUUUCUGCGUGAGAAUCUGGACUGGCUGAGUAGGGCGACAAAUUGGGCUAAGUUUAGUGCAACUGCAGGACUUGGGGUUAUUCACAGAGGUCAUCUGCAGCAAGGGAGAUCACUCAUGGCACCUUACUUACCGCAAGGUGGGGCUGGUGGUGGUGGUAGUCCAUACUCUGAAGGUGGAGCAUUAUAUGCUCUUGGUUUAAUCCAUGCAAACCAUGGGGAGGGCAUCAAACAAUUUCUUCGCGAGAGCCUGCGUAGUACUAAUGUCGAGGUGAUUCAGCAUGGUGCUUGCUUGGGUCUUGGUUUGGCAGCUCUGGGCACUGCUGAUGACGACAUCUUUGACGACAUAAAAAACGUGCUUUACACAGACAGUGCGGUUGCUGGUGAAGCUGCUGGUAUUAGUAUGGGUUUACUGAUGGUUGGAACCGCAAGUGAGAAAGCUAGUGAAAUGCUUGCUUAUGCACAUGAGACACAGCAUGAGAAGAUUAUUAGGGGUUUAGCAUUGGGGAUUGCACUUACAGUCUAUGGAAGAGAGGAAGAAGCAGACACACUGAUUGAGCAAAUGACUCGGGACCAAGAUCCUAUAUUGCGUUAUGGAGGAAUGUAUGCUCUGGCAUUGGCAUACAGGGGAACAGCAAACAAUAAAGCCAUACGGCAACUGCUGCACUUUGCUGUGUCAGAUGUGAGUGAUGAUGUCAGACGGACUGCAGUUCUUGCCCUUGGGUUUGUUCUGUAUUCUGAUCCAGAACAGACCCCUCGAAUUGUGUCUCUAUUAUCCGAGUCCUAUAAUCCACAUGUUCGGUAUGGUGCCGCACUGGCAGUUGGAAUUUCAUGUGCAGGUACUGGUCUUAGUGAGGCCAUAUCAUUGCUCGAGCCGUUGACAUCAGAUGUUGUUGACUUUGUUCGUCAAGGUGCUCUAAUUUCAAUGGCAAUGGUGAUGGUACAGAUCAGUGAAGCCAGUGAUUCUCGUGUCGGUGCAUUCAGGCGGCAACUGGAAAAAAUAAUCCUGGAUAAACAUGAAGACACCAUGAGCAAGAUGGGUGCAAUUUUAGCUUCUGGUAUCCUUGAUGCUGGUGGGAGGAAUGUAACAAUCAAGUUACUUUCAAAAACAAAGCACGAUAAAAUUACAGCAGUUGUUGGUCUGGCUGUGUUCAGUCAGUUUUGGUACUGGUACCCACUUAUAUAUUUCAUUAGUCUGGCAUUUUCACCCACUGCUUUUAUUGGUUUGAAUUAUGACCUGAAAGUGCCCAAGUUUGAGUUCCUAUCACACGCAAAGCCAUCAUUGUUCGAGUACCCAAAGCCUACUACUGUACCGAGCACUACAUCAGCUGUUAAGCUACCUACUGCAGUUUUAUCAACAUCAGCAAGAGCCAAGGCCAGGGCUAGUAAGAAAGAAGCUGAGAAAACAAAUGUCGAGAAGGCAGAACCAAGUUCUGGAAAGGGGAAAAUGAGUGACAAGGAUGGGGAUUCCGUGCAGCCUGAAAAUAUUGUAGAGAAGAAGACUGAACCUGAACCUUCAUUCGAAAUAUUAACCAACCCUGCUAGGGUGGUUCCUGCCCAAGAAAAAUUCAUCAAAUUUCUUGAAGAUACUAGAUACGUGCCAGUGAAGUCGGCACCCUCAGGAUUUGUUCUGUUGAAAGAUCUUCGUCCAAGUGAACCUGAAGUAUUAGCUCUUACUGAUGCACCCUCGUCCACAGCAUCAAAUGCUGGUGCAUCAGCCACUGGCCAGCAGAGUGCAGCCUCAGCAAUGGCAGUUGAUGAAGAACCUGCACCCCCACAACCAUUUGAAUAUACACCAUAGUUUGUUUGCAUCGGAAGUGCUCUCUUUCCUUGUGCAAAUUUCUACAGGGAAGCUUGAUAUAUUUCAAGCUUGCUGGGAAGCAUGUAAUCAAACGACCAGUCUUCUGCAAAACCUUGAAACUGAAGCCAAUAUCAAUUCGAGCUGGUGGGAUUUUGCUCUUUCUGUGCCAUGCUUCUCAUUUUCUUGUUUUCCGCUGUAUACUUUGUAAGAAUGGAUGGAGACCGCAAUACUGGAGCUCUCCAUCCAAAAGAAGUGGAGGAUAUGAACAUACAUUUUCACUGUCAAGUUGCACAAUGCCUGGCUUUGGUAGUUUAACUCUUCAGUCUUAUAAUUAACUUUCUUUUAGUUUUAGUGUCACUUCUAAACAUACUGGAAUCUGGAAUUCAUGUACUAGUUUUUACAUGGUCGGGUUCUUUCAUUACGCUUCCUGCAGGUCUCAAACUGUGGCGUUUUUUCUGUUCAUUUGGCUUUUAUGGUUGAAACUUUGUUGGAUGGUAGACACAUACUGGCGAAUGCAAAAUGCUUUACAAAAGUUUAUCUAUUU